AUGAAGGUGUGCGGCAUUUUGCUGCCAGUCUUGGCUGUCCGUGUCCACCCUGAGCAGUGGACUGUGAUCUCUCGGAAUGGUGAAAAGCUCGGUCACUGGCUCCCAAAUGCGUUGAGCAACGGCAACCGCCAAAGACACCCGAACAUCUGCACUCAGCUGCUCUCCAGAAGCCGCAGAUUCGACUGGCCGGACACCAUUGUCACUGGAGAUGAAAAAUGGGUCCUCUACGUCAACCACACCCACACCCACAAACGUGCGUGGUGCGCUGGCGAUGAAAUGCCGGAUCCUUUCGUGAAAGGUAAAAUCGAUGAGGGGAAGGUCAUGCUGAGCGUCUGGUGGGGAAUUCAUGGAAUCUACCGUUUCGAACUGUUGCCGAACAACACGACAGUUACUGCCGAGGUCUACUGCGCCAACUGCAAAGACUGGCCGACAAGAUCGGCAAGAAGCACUCGAAGCUCGACAACGUUCGUCUGCUGCAAGAUAACGCGCGUCCUCACAUCGCGAAAAAGACUUCCCAGAAAAUUCUGGAGCUUUGAUGGGAAGUUCUACCGCACCCACCGUCCAGCCCGGACCUAA